AUGUCGCCGGCGCAUCCGCAAUCGAGGCUAGGCCAGUCCACUGGCUUCUCCUCAAUCAAGAAGGCACAGAACGUUGCGGCGAAGGCCGCUGCCCAACGCCUGGCGCAGGUCAUGGCUUCACAGGUAGCGGACGACGAGGAAGAAGACGAAGAUUUCCAAUUCGCUCGGCCGGCUCCUGCUUUUUCCAGUAAUGUUAAGCGUAACAACAAUAGUAUACCUGCCGUUUCGUUGGCUAGGCCUAAUAGAUCACCGUCUCCUGCGUUAGGUCGCAACUUUAUGGAGCAUACUUCUUCAGUUCGUUCGACAUCUGCUGGAAGACCAUCAGUGUCAGUUCAUUCAACGACAAUAGUGGCACCUAGUCAAGGAACACUAAGAACUCCAUUCAGCAUUCCACCAAUAGAGCCUCCUAGUAGCAGACUAAAAGAAAAAAGGUUGAACCAGUGCACGGCACCUUCCUUCUCCAUAACAUUGUCUGCAAGGUUCCCAUUCCUUAAUGAAGACCAUAGAUACCUCCAUCAAGUGUCUAGCGUCUGCUCCAUGUCACCAUGGGGGUGCUUACUCAAUGCCACAAGGUUUACACCAGAUGUUGGACAUAAAGACUUAAAGGAUGCUGGAAAUCAGCGGGGGGCUUCUGCUCUCAGAGAUGAACUUGAUAUGCUACAGGAGGAGAAUGAGAUUAUACUUGAUAAGCUUCGCCAUGCAGAAGAAAAGCGUGAAGCAGCGGAGGCCAGAGCCCGGGAAUUAGAAAAACAAGUAGCUUCUCUUGGAGAAGGCAUAUCACUGGAAGCAAAGUUGUUGAGCAGGAAGGAAGCUGCACUGCGUCAAAGAGAGGCUGCCCUUAGAGCUGCAAAACAAGUAAAAGAUGGGAGAGAUGAUGAAAUUGCUGCCCUUCGUGUGGACAUUGGGAAUUUAAAAGAUGAUACUACAAAUGCUCUAGAACAACUCCAAGAAGCUGAAUCUGAAGCAAAAGCUCUUCGCACAAUGACUCGGAGAAUGAUUUUGACUAAAGAGGAGAUGGAAGAAGUUGUUUUGAAAAGAUGUUGGCUCGCUCGCUAUUGGGGCAUCUGCACAGAUAUAGCUGUCUCAAAGCAUGAGCACUGGUCAUCCUUGGCACCCCUUCCAUUUGAAGUAGUAAUUUCUGCUGGACAAAAGGCCAAGGAGGAGUCUUGGAAUAAUGGCAAUGAUUCAGAGCAGAGGAUCAAACUUGUUCGUGAUUUGAAUGACUUAACUGGGGAAGGAAAUAUUGAAAGCAUGCUUUCAGUUGAAAUGGGUUUAAGGGAGUUAGCAGCCUUGAAGGUUGAGGAUGCUGUUGUGCUUGCAUUUGCCCAUUCCCGAAGGCCAAAUUUUGUUCGACAAUUCCCCUCAGAUCCAAAAUCAUCUGGUGAUCCCAAAUUCAUGGAGGCAUUUGGUAAUAUAGAUGCUCUUAUUGUUUCUGAUGUUAAUCUUUGA